AUGGAUUUAGACAAUGAACUAGCCGGAAAAACUGUUAUAUUAGGAAAUAAGACAUAUGAACUUGAUAAAUUAAGUCCUGAAGAACGUUUUCGAGUUCGACAUGAAGUUAUACAUGAAAAACAUAAAGGACACGAAUCUAUGCAUAUGGAAAUGGUACUUGUUUUACUUGUAUCACUUGUUGUAUGUCAAUUUAUAAUAUUAUUUUGGAAAAGUUAUCAUUUAAGAUCUUACCAAUUUUUUACAAUGCUUGCAAUGUGGAUAAUACCAUUUGGUUUAUCAAUAAAAUUUUUUUAUAUUCGUUUUAUUAUUAUUUGGAUUUGUUUUACAAUUAUAACAGUUUAUGUUACUCGAAGAGCAACUAGGCAACCAAUUGAACCAAAUACACCAAGAUUAGUUUAUAAAUGGUUUCUUCUUGUUUAUAAAGUUUCAUAUGGUCUUGCUAUAGGUGGUUAUUUUUUAAUAAUGAUGACUUUUCUUGGAAUUAAUAAUCUUUUAUUAAUAUCUCCACAAACAGCUCUUGACUUUGGAAUUUUGAUUAUGUUUUAUGGUAUUUAUUAUGGUGUACUUGGAAGAGAUUUGGCUGAAUCAUGUACUGAUAGAAUGGCAUCAAAAAUUGGGUAUUAUUCGGAAAGUGGUUUACCUAAACGAGCAUUGGAAUCAAAUACAUGUGCUGUUUGUGCUAAUCUGAUAUUAGUGCAAAAUAAUGAUGAAGCUUUAAUUGAACGAACAUAUAAAUUACAAUGUGGACAUACUUUUCAUGAAUUUUGUAUACGCGGUUGGUGUAUUGUGGGAAAAAAACAAACAUGUCCUUAUUGUAAAGAAAAAGUUGAUUUAAAACGUUUAUUUCCUAAUCCAUGGGAGAAACCUCAUGUACUUUAUGGAAAUUUACUUGAUUGGAUUCGAUAUCUUGUUGCUUGGCAACCAUUAAUUUUAAUGGUUGUACAAGGUGUUAAUUAUGUUCUUGGUCUUGAAUAA